UCAACCACAGUCACAGACAACGAAUUGGUUCAAUUAGGUAACCAAUUUGAACAACACAAACACCAUAUUAUAAAAUAAUGCAGUUUCCCAAACUUCUUCCUUGAUGAAAUAUAAUUUCUACACAAUUUCAAAAUAGUUUUAAAACGUGUCCCACAAAAUCAAAACUCAAGAGUAUUCUCUUUAUGCAUGAUGGCACAACAAAACUUUGUUCCUGGAACUGCUAGUCAAGAUCCCAAUAAUGAAGUGGAGCUUACUAUUUCGGCAAAGAACUUGUCAAAUAAAGAUCUUGUUUCCAAGUCUGAUCCUAUAUGUGUGGUCUACAUUCAACAGGGCCAAUCUUGGGUAGAACAUGGCAGAACUGAGCAAAUUGUCAACUCGUUAAACCCAGAGUUUUCCAAAAAAAUUGUUAUUGGCUACCGCUUUGAAGAACUGCAAAAGUUAAAAUUUAAAAUCUAUGAUAUUGACAGUAAGAGUACUGCCUUGGAUAAACAUGAUUUCUUGGGAGAGGCUGAUUGCUCUCUUGGGCAAAUAGUUUCUUCUGGCAAGAUUGUUAUCCCACUUCAUCACCCUAAGAGCAAAAACAAAGGAGAAUUGUGCAUAGUAGCUGAAGAAAUAGGGGCACUUAAGGAAGAUGUCGAAUUCCUGUUUAGCGCCGAGGGUUUCAAAAAGAGCGGGAUCCUCAGCAAACCGGAUCCGUUUUUAGCCAUUUAUAAAGAAAACACUCUAGUUCAUCGCACAACGUUCAUAAAAGACAACUGUAAUCCAAGGUGGCCAAAAUUCACUAUCCCUAUGCGAUUGAUACGCACAAAAGAUCAAAAAGAUGUAGCAUUAUCACUGCAGUGCUGGAAUUGGAACGGAGAUGGAAGCCACAAACUAAUGGGCGAGGUACACACUACCACACAAGGAAUUCUACAAACUCCCAAAACUUUCUCGUUGGAUGAUAAGAAAACAGGAAAAAGCGUGGGAAAGUUGUGUUUACAUGAAGCCAAAGUAAUUAAAACCUUUUCUUUCUUGGAUUAUAUCACGAGCGGCACUCAGAUUAACUGCACAAUUGCCAUAGAUUUCACUGGUUCCAACGGAGCUCCCAAUAACCCUAAUUCCCUACAUUAUAUGGGACCUACGCCUACUCUCUACGAGCAAGCACUGCUGUCUGUCGUCACAAUUAUUCAAGACUACGAUAGUGAUAAACAUUUCCCCGUUCUUGGAUUCGGAGCGAAAGUUCCGCCUAACGGUAUUCUUUCCCACGAAUUUUUCGUCAACCUGACUCCCAAUCCACACUGCUUUGGAGUUAAUGGGGUAAUUGAAGCAUACCGGAAAUGUUUACCUUGCAUUCAGCUUUACGGACCUACCAAUUUCUCCCCAGUAAUUAAUCAUGUGUCACGCUUCGCCGCAUCCCACUGUAACGGAGACAAUUAUUUCAUCCUCCUUAUUCUUACCGAUGGGGAGAUUACUGAUAUGCUGGAGACAAAGCAGGCAAUUAUUGCUGCAUCCCAUCUCCCGAUGUCAAUCAUAAUCGUUGGAAUUGGCCAUGCCGACUUUUCAUCAAUGAAGGAACUGGACAGCGAUAAUGGGCAUUUAUCUGCUAACGGCCGUACUGCCGCACGCGACAUCGUGCAAUUUGUUCCUUUUCGUGAUUUCUUGAAUCAGCCAGAUCCAUACCGCGCAGCCGUAAAUUUAGCCAGUGCUUUGCUAAUGGAGAUUCCCAACCAGCUAGUGGCUUUCAUGAAAUCCAAAAAUUUGACACCUAAACAUCCACAUUAAUGUAAGCCCAAACUGAUUAUUUCCACGCUUACUGUAUCACCGUAGCUUAUCCGCGACUAAGUGUUCCUAACUUUCUAUAAGAUCCUUCAUUUCUGUUUUCUUUCAAAAUUCGAUUUACAGAUAUUAAUCUAAAUUAAUCUACGUUAACCAUUCCAAUUUUAUCAUUUGAAUAAAAUACCCGGUGCAGGUACAAUAAGAGCGGUUACAUAGUGGUACCAGUGUAUUUUUGAAAGGGUAAAAUAUCGAUUUAUUAUUUUUUGUUUUGCUAUACGACUAGUUUAAAUCCAUGUAACAGAAUAUCGAUUUCAGUAGUUUCAGGGUUAUAUUUAUAUAUGACACACUUCGUCAUAUAUAACAGCUGUGUUGGUAGUAAGUGACGAAUCACCAACUUACAAUUGAAACAGGUUGUACCAAUAAGUUCUGAAUCAAUAGAAGGUUAUUAAGCUAAAUGGGGUCUAGUCUCAGAUAUUAUAUUUUAAAGCUAAUUUUUUUCUUAUUUAAGCAAAGCAAUUCUAUCAGCACGUACGUUUAGCAUUAUCAUAAACAACCUAUUCCAUUUAUUUAACACCAAUUCUAUGAAAAUUUUGCUCCACAAGUUUUGAGCGGCGUAAAUACUCUCAUUUGAUUUAAUAAAAGCAGGAAUCUCAAAUAAUUAGUUAACCUAGAAUGAAAAUUAAUUACUCAUUCCGAAAACAAAUAACCCCAUGGAAAGAAAAACC